UUUUUUUUUUUCAAAAAAAAUUAUUAAAAUCUUUUAAACAAAAUUAUUAAAAUCUUUUUAAACAAAAUUAUUAAAAUCUUUUUAAACAAAAUUAUUAAAAUCUUUUAAACAAAAUUUUAAAAAAAAUUUUAAAAAAUUUCCUUUUAAUUUUCUUUCUUUUAAAUAAAAAAAAACUUCUUUUUUUUUUUAAAAAAAAACUUUUUAUAAUAAUAUAAACUUGGAUAAAUGUCAGACCAUUUCGGUAGUUCAUGUAAAUUACCGCUCAUAGCAGUAACAGUUCAUCCAAGUAAAUACAAUGGAACUCAAGACCCAGAAUCAUGGUUACAAGAUUUAAGAUUUUUUUGUCGUUUGCAUGGUAUAGAAGAAGAGAGUGAAAUAGUUUCAUUCGCAAUAUUAAAAGUGGAUCCAAUGAUUUUUAUACCGAAAAAAACUUGUACAUUCACAGGAUUUUUAAAUGCAUUGAAAUCUCAUAUCACAUUUCAUGUAAUGAAUGCUUCGGCUUUACAUAAUUUACGUUGUAUACAAUAUAAUCCAAAAGAAGAUAUGACGGAUUUUAUUUCCAAAUUUUUAUCUUUAUGUCGUACUGCAAACAUUACAAGUUUAGAAGAACAAAAAACUUAUCUAUUAAAUAGUUUAUUAGAUGAUAAUAUUAGGAAUAUUUUAGCAAGUAAAUUUAGAAAUGUUGAUGAUUUUGAUUGGGUUAUAAGAUUAUUUCAAGGGAUAAUGUAUGAAUAUCCUAUGCAUCAAAUUAGAUAUGGUUCAAAAAUUACAAUCAAACAUUGUUCUACUGGUAAUUUUUUAUCUCAUGGUGAACAGAUUCCAAUUGAAACCGAUUCUCAAUUAUCAAAGGUAUCUUGUGAUGGUAUGUCAAGACCUGCCGCCAAUGAAAUUUGGAUCGUAUCAUCACCUUAUGGUGAAAAUAAAGUUCCUGGUGAUCCUAUUCAUUAUAAUUCUAUCAUUAGUUUGAAACAUGAAACAACAGGAGGUAGUUUACAUGCUACUGAAAAUAAUGUAUGGUCAUUUAUGGGCAGAAGUGAAAAUAGUAAUUGGCUCGUCAGACGUCACACCACAGAGCCUGGAUACCAUAAUGAUCCAAAUGGCGUAUGGGCGAUUGGUGAUAUUAUCAUUUUGGAGAACGUUUCAAAUAAGUUACCACUUUAUAGUAAUGAUAAUCAUAAUGUAUCAUUAGAUGGUGAUGGUUAUGAAGAAAAUAAUAAGUGGUACGCCGAAAUUGCUGGACAAUAAUUUUUUUUGAUCUUGUUCUCUUUUUUUUAUUUGGAUCAUUAAAACACCCUUCUUUGUAAAAAAUGUAUAUUAGAUAUUUAGAUUAUUAUUAUUGUAUUAUGAUAUUAUUAUAUUAUUUUAUUUAGCAUUUUUAGUUUGUACUCUCUUUUUUCUUUUUUUUUUUUUUUUUUUUUU